AUGCCCAAAGUAACAGAGUUCAUAACCCUGACCUUCAAAACCCCCCCCUCCCCCGACCCGCCCGCGGCCUGGGCCGACGUGACCGCGACCCUCAAGUCCGUCCCGGGCGUGACGUCCCUCUACACGGGCCGCCAGCUCGAGGACCCCUCCCGGCAGGUCCUCGUCGUCGACUGGGCCUCGCCCGAGGCCUUCACCGCCUUCGCCUCCUCGGAGCACUACACGCCGUGGUUCGCCUCCCUCAAGGCCGUCGCGGCGUCGGACCCGGCCCCGGUCUUUUACAAAGUCCCGCUCUCCGGCGGCUCCGGCUCCGGCUCCGACGGGAACUCCGACCCCUCGGACGUCGUGCUCCGCGCCCCCUGCACCGAGGUCUUCGUCGCCUACGGCGUCGAGCCCGACUUCAUCUCCAAGACGGCCGAGUUCGCGGCGGGCAUGUCGAGGGCGCACGCGCCGGUCGAGGGUUUCCACGGGCACGCGUACGGCGAGGUGACGACGCCGCUGGCGUUCGGGGGCCAGGGGGAACGGGGACCGGCUGUUACGUUGUUGCUUGGGUGGGACAGCAAGGAGGCGCAUCUCGAGGCCAAGGGCAAGGCCGGACCCGUCUCCGACAAUAUUCAUCUCCUGAGGUCGGGUCGCAAGGAUAUUUCCAUGGUAAGUCGUCACACGUACCCGUCACCCAUUGGAAAUGGAAUCACUGACGCUGGGCAGUACCACGUAAACCUGAAGCAAGUCUGA